AUGAUUGCCGGCGGUGGCAGUGGCGGCAGCAGCGUCGGCAUCGGCGCCAACGUCGGAGCCACCAGCAUCAGUGGGUGCUAUUACAACAAUGGUUUAAAUGGUGGCGGCGGCGGUGGCGGUGGGAUUAGUGGAGCGCCCGGUGUCGGUAUCGGUGGCCUCGUUGGUCCUGGUGGCGUUGGUGCGGACGGCGGCUGUAAAAGCUACCAAAGAAAAUACUACGACAUAAAUUGACUGAAUGGUGUGGGUGGCGGUUGUGUCGAAGGCAACAAAAAUCAGUGAAGUUGUGCGGCGACAGACCUAAAAGUAUCAUUACAACCCACAUACACACAUAUAUGUAUGUGUGUGUGCUGACUAUGCGUGCUUUUUUAGACAUGUGUGUGUAUAUCGUAGAGUAUGUAUUUUUAUUAUUGACUCAGUUAUUAUUUAAUGCGCAUACUUUCCUUAUUACCGUUAUGUAUGUGAAGUCGAAAGUGUGCUUAGCAAAGAAUUUAGUUUUUAAGUUUAUCUCAUAGCAGGACAAUAUUUAAUUUUAAUUUAUAAUAUCUAAUUUUAAUAUGAAAUAUGUAUUACAUUAGUAUAAUUUGAAACAAAAACAAUUUUUUUUGAAUUAACGGUGUGUUCUACCAUGAUGUUUGCUAAUAACUGUUUGUGUUAAUGUUACUGCAAUGUGAGACCGGCGUUUAGUAUUGAAAGCAAAAUUUUGUUUGAGAAAAUUGUUUCGAAUAUAAGGACAAAGUGUGCCAAACAUGUUUUUGAACUAAAUUAAAAUAGAAUUGAGCAAAUUUUAUUGCGCUGAGUUCUAAGCUUUUAUCUAAAUUUAAAAGGCAAAAUUAAAAUUUCUUCAUUUAACUGUAGUUGCUUUGAAUUGUUGUAAAAUGCAUAUUUUUUACCGGCUAUUUUUAUAAAUAUUUUUUAUUUAAUUUUAUUAAAGACAUCUCAUUUUCUGAUUUUUAUUAAUAUAAAAAAAGUUCAAUAUUUUAUUCUGGCAUUUUAUUAAAAGCUUUUGAAUUUGGUUCAUUACUAUUUUUAAAAUGUUUUAUUUUAGUUAAUUAAAUUAUUAAAAUUAAAUAAUU